AUCUGGGUCUCAAUGCAUGUCGAGCAGAUCAUAAGCAAGAGUUUCUUUUUUUCUUAGAAAAUUUAUUAAUCAUUGGUGUUUAUGUUGCAUGCAUGAACUUCCAUGGAGAUUUCUUCAACCACGAUCAAUAUGUCCGUAACUUACUCCGAGCUUGCACGCAAACUCCUUCCAUUAAAGCAACGAAAGCUCUUCAUGCACUCACCAUUACCUUGGCACCAUAUCUUGCCCAACCUAUCUUUAUUUACAACAAUCUUCUCUCUCUUUACGGAUCAAUGGGUCAGUUACACGUUGCGAGUAAAGUGUUUGACAAAAUGCCUGACCGAAACUUAGUCUCCUUUAACUCAAUGAUAAGUGCGUAUGGUAGAUGUGGGGAUGAAGAGGAAGCUUGGAAACUUUUUGGUGGGAUGAGAGGUUAUGGGUUUUCUGCGAGUCAGUUCACUUUGGGGGGGUUGUUGUCCGGUGACUCUUUUGACAUUUUCCGUGGGGUUCAGCUGCAGGGACUAAGUGUGAAGAAUGGCUUGUUUUAUGCUGAUGCUUUUGUUGGGACCGCUUUGUUGGGUUUGUAUGGUAGGCUUGGAUGUUUGGAUGAAGCGGUAAGGACUUUUGAAGAUAUACCUAGAAAGAGCUUGGUGACUUGGAAUGCUAUUAUAUCUUUAUUUGCACAAUAUGGGUUUAUUGAUGAUUGUAUGUCCAUGUUUCGUGAGCUUGUUAGAAUGCAGUCUUCUCUCUCUGAAUGCUCCUUCUUGGGUGUUUUAUCUGGUUUAUCAAGUGAGAGGGAUUUGGAAAUAGGACAGCAUAUACAUUGUUUAGUAGUUAAGAAUGGAUUCAUUUAUGAAGUUACUGUUGUGAAUUCUCUCCUCAGUAUGUAUGUCAAAUGUGCAAGCCUUGGCUUUGCGGAGAAGAUAUUUGAGGAAGCGCCUGUUAGGGAUAUUGUAUCUUGGAAUACGAUAAUGGGUGCGCUAGCAAAGAGUGAAAGCCUUGAAAUAGCAUUGAAAUACUAUAUACGAAUGAUGGUUGGUGAUAUGUCGGCUAACCAGGCAACUUAUGUAAGUGUUAUAACUUCUUGCACUAGUUUGGUGAUCCCAAAGUUUGGACAAUCCAUCCAUGCUAAUAUAAUCAAGAAUGCUUUUGAAUCUGAUGUUAUUUUGGGUAGUGCAUUGGUCGACUUUUAUGCUAAAUGUGAUCAGUUGGAAGAUGCUCACUGCUGUUUCCAUGAUAUACAUGAGAAGAAUGUGGUAUCUUGGAAUACAUUGAUUUUAGGUUAUGCUAAUAAAUUCUGUUCUUAUUCAGUUUCUUUGCUAGUGGAAAUGCUCCAAUCAGGUUUCCAACCUAAUGAAAUUACAUUUUCUGCUGUCCUUAAAUCAUCAUCUUCAUUAGAACUCCGGCAGCUUCAUUGUUUGAUUACAAGGCUGGGCUAUGAAAAUAAUGAUUAUGUAUUGAGCUCCCUCAUGGCUUCAUAUGCAAAGAAUUUUCUCAUGACUGACGCCAUGUCUUUUGUUGAUUUUUCUAAAGCACCAAUUUCUGUUGUCCAAUCCAAUAUCAUUGCUGGAAUAUAUAACAGAUCUGCUCAGUACUAUGAAACGAUAAGGCUGCUUUCUCUGCUUGAAGAACCUGAUCUUGUAUCUUGGAACAUUGUAAUUGCUGCUUGUGCUCGAAGCGGUAAUUACGCAGAGGUUUUUGAACUUUUUCGACACAUGCAGCUGGCUCAAAUCUUCCCAGAUAAUUACACAUUUGUUAGUGUUUUAUGCGUAUGUAGUAAACUCUGCAACCUUGCUUUGGGUAGUUCUAUUCAUUGUCUUAUUAUAAAAACUAAUUCCAGUCUCUGUGAUACCUUCUUGUGCAAUAUCUUGAUUGACAUGUAUGGAAAAUGUGGGAGCAUUAGGAGUUCAGUGAAAAUCUUUGAUGAAAUGACUGAUAGAAACCUUAUCACAUGGACAGCUCUAAUUUCUGCUCUCGGAGUCCAUGGUUAUGUUCGUGAGGCAUUUGAUCGGUUCAGGGAAAUGGAAUCACUGGGUUUUGACCUUGAUGGGGUUGCUUUCCUUUCAAUACUUAGUGUGUGCAGGCAUGGAGGUUUAGUGAGAGAAGGGAUGGAGAUUUUCAGAAAAAUGCACUCAAGUUAUGGAAUUGAACCAGAUAUUGAUCAUUAUCAUUGUGUAAUAGAUAUGUUGGUCAGAUGUGGAUGCCUUAGGGAUGCGGAGCAACUGAUUUCUAGCAUGCCUUUUCCACCUAAUGCCCUUAUUUGGCGCAGCUUUCUUGGAGGGUGCAAGAGAUAUGGAACUGUUGGGACUCAAGAAGCCAAAAUGGAAACUUAACUCAUUCUGUUUCUUAGACUGAUGGGGAAUCAUCUGCAUUGGACAGUGUUGGAUCCUUACAUUUUUUUCACCUCUCGGAUUCUCAUUGCCAAGAUGAAAAGGCUAGCAGACUAGGUGAAAACCUUGCUUUAUGCAAGAAUGGAACCAAGAUUAUGCUACUUCUUGUUCAUUAUCUGGGGCUUCGCAAUGCCUCAUUCACACUAUUCAAGCAUCUAUUGUAUAUCUGAGCAAGGUCAACAUUUCAUCAAAAGAUCUUCCUGGUGAGUAAGCUAAUUUUACUUUCCUAACUCAUGAGGUGAUUCAGGUUUAAGUUACUCAUUAUUUGGGACAUUAGAAGGCUAUGGUAGAAAGUUUAGAUUUUACGUGUGCUAAACACACAAAAUAAGUUAGUAACUAUACAAGAAAAAUAGAAAUAAAUACCUAGAUUUUUGAAGCAACAAAGAGUGUCAUAUUAGAUUUGCAUACUGACCACUUAACCCAUCAAAGUGAAUUAAUUAACAGGUUUUCCGCAACCUCUAGGUUAGAUUUAGAGAGCAAAAGAAUGUGGAAUUUUUUUUUGAGAGAGUGAAGAGGAAAAACAUCCAAGAAUGCUUGGAGAUAUAACAUUCGAAAGUCCACAACUUCCAGAUGACCAAUUGGUAUCUACCACUUAAUAGGUGGUUUCAGGAAGUAAACACUAUGUAGUUAUUUCACUCAUGUGGGCUGAUCCAGGUUACCUCAUCCUUGGUAAUAUUCAUAGUCUAGUCCGAACCCAUAUAUGAACAUCUCCUACUUGCAAAUAAUGGACUCAAGUGCAUUUUUACUAUAAAUAUUUAAUCUCUCUUUGAUCUCAAUUACUCCCAUAUUAGUAAAAUAGGUUUAACGAUUGACGAAAGUAUGACCAAUUAUUGCCACUAACCUCUUAAAGAAUUAAACUAAAGCAUGACAAACCAGAAAAUUCUUUCAAUUGCAGGACCCCAAAUUUAAUUUCGUAGUAACAAGUCAUGAUGUGUCAAUCCUUCAAUUAAUAGGAUAUAAUUUCAAAUUUAGAUAAGGUAUCUAUGUUCUUCCAAAUUUGUGCAUUAAUUACAAAUAUGUUAACCUUAAUUCACUUCAACAUAUUUAUGACACGUAAAGAACCAGAUACUGAGUUAAAACCACAAAGAUUUCAAAGUCUUAUCAUUAGCUAUUUGAUAAUUUUGUAGUCCCAAGGGUUUCACACAGUGAAGAAGUAGAAAUUCAUUCUCUAUUAUCCUUUAUGGUCAAUUUUGCAUAUGUACUGUGAACCAUGUGCGAAGAUAUUAUUCUCCUUUUUCUCAAGAAGUGUAUGUCAUAUAUAUACACGAGUUUAUCCAUUCUCAACUCUUUAACUUGAGUUCUUCAACUAGCCUAGCAUUUUUAGAAUUAAUUAAGAACUAAGGCUUGUUAUACAGGAGAACUAGUAUGGUAAAUAAUGUCAUACCAGUUGUUCUUAUUAGCUUGUACAUACUAUACCUGUCCAGUACCAAUAUGGUAUAAAUACUGGUCAAUAGUUGGACCAGUUGCUAUCAAUUAUAAAUUCUCAAAGUUUGUCAGAUGUAUUUGUAAACCAAAUAUUUAU